UGCUUCCGGUUCAUCUCAUUGUGGUCUGCUGAGCGGGCGUUGUACAGCGUCUGCCAUUUUGGUUAGAAUUACUUAGCGCAGCGUCUACUGUUGAGUGAUUUGUCUGGUUAUAUAGCAGUUCACUGAAUUAGCAUACACUCUUUCAAGAGAAUAUGCUUUCUGCUGCCCAGUUGCUCGAUGAGUUAAUGGGCCGAGACAGAAACUUGGCCCCUGACGAGAAGCGGUCCAACGUUCGAUGGGACGACGAGAGCGUCUGUCGAUAUUAUCUGUGUGGCUUCUGUCCAGCUGAGCUGUUCACCAACACGCGUUCUGAUUUAGGUCCUUGUGAAAAAAUUCAUGAUGAAAAUUUGAGAAAAACGUAUGAGAAGAGCUCUCGGUUUAUGAAAGAGGGCUAUGAGAGAGACUUCCUGCGGUAUCUGCAGUCCCUCCUAGCUGAAGUGGAGCGGCGGAUUCGUAGAGGGCAUGCUCGGCUUGCACUUUCCCAGGCUCAGCAGAGCUCAGGGGGUCCUGGUCCAUCAGGAAAGAAUGAAGAGAAGGCCAAUGUUUUAACAGAGAAGAUUGAAGACSUGGUUGUUCAGAUUGAGGAGCUGGGGUCAGAGGGUCGCGUGGAGGAGGCUCAGGGGAUGAUGAAGCUGGUGGAACAGCUCAAAGAAGAGAGGGAAAUGCUCAGCUCCACGCCCUCAACCAUUGAAAGCUUUGCAGCUCAGGAGAAACAGAUGGAGGUGUGUGAAGUCUGUGGGGCCUUCCUCAUUGUGGGUGACGCGCAGUCCAGAGUGGAUGACCACCUAAUGGGCAAGCAGCACAUGGGCUAUGCCAAGAUAAAAUCUACUGUACAGGAGCUGAACGAAAAACUGCGGCGCCGCUCUGAGGACCCGCAGGGUGAAAACCCAGCCCUCAAACGGGACAGAGAGGAGCGCGAGCGUGAGAGGGAGGAAAGGGAGAAAAAGCGCAAAGAGGAGGAGGAAGAGAAAGAGAAGGAACGAGAAAAGGAGAGAGAACGCGAGAGGGAGAAGGAGCGGGAGCGUGAGAGGGAGCGCGACAGAGAGCGGGAGCGAGAUCGUGAGAGGGACAGGAGGGUGCGACGAAGCCACUCCAACAGCCGUCACUCCAGCCGAACAUCAGAGAAGAAACGGAGCAGGUCCCGCGAUCGCCGCAGGUCCAGGAGCAGAGACAGGGACAGGGAACGCAAGCGCAGCAGGAGCCGAGAYAGGGACAGGGAGAGGAGGCGCAGUCGAGAGCGCUCCGACAGAAAACGCCGCUCCCGUAGUCGGGACAGAAAGAGGUCCCGCAGCGCCGAGCGCAAGUCCCACCGCCACCGCAGUCGUAGCCGCAGCAAGGACAGAGAACGAGACAGGGACAGAGACCGGGGAAAGGAGAAAGAUAAAGAGCGGUCGUCAAAAGACAAAGACCGUAGGGGAACAGAGGAGAAGAGCAGUUCUAAGAAAGACAAGCACACAGAAAGUGAUGCAGCUGCCAUUAAGGCUUCAUCAGAUCCAGAACCGAUGCAGACUGAGGCAGCUGCCUCCACCCCUCUGCUUAACGGCCAGCAAGAGCUCCUCCAAUCUGAAGGUGACACUCAGUCCAAUUAAAACUGAUCUGAUAGGACCUCAGAUCAGGCUCAGGUAAGUGCGUCCUCCUCUUCACUUCCCUUGGCUCUCAACCCACCCUCUCGCCCUCCCCUCCUCCAAACCCCUCCUUCCUCCCUUUACCUUCCCACCCCUCCCGUCCCAGCCUUUCCACCCUGUUUAUGUUCAGUUCAAUGACUCUGAUUUUUGUCUUAUGUACUCUAUGCAAAUAUCUUUAUCCUGUUUUUGAUUAGUGCAUCGUAAGUAUGCACUGAAGAUGAAGGACUAGGCCCGAUGAAUGAGAAGAAGGUAGCAAACAUGCACACAAAGCCAAGAGGGAAAGGCCAGUGUAGCCCUGAGCAAACAUGCCCAGAGGUACCCCUCGUUUUGUAUCGGUUUUUUGACCCUUACAGAUGUGUAUUUCACUUUGUGGACAAAAUGGCAGAAGAGAAGGCAAAGUAUUAGAUCCAAACAAAAAGCAGCUGUGUUUACCUGUUUUUGAUUAAUUCAUUUAUUUUCUUGUUUUGUAACAGGAAAAUGUAACAAGUUUGGCACACGCCUUUCAGAGAGGCAGUUCAGUCAUUGUGUGUUUAUAUGUUUAUGAUAUUUACAUAUAUAUGAUGUUAUGCAAAAUUCUCUACCUUAUGUGUUAAUACAUGAACACAUUUAGCCUAGCCUUCAGUUUAAGGUGUGUUUGAAAAACAAGCACUUUAUUUUUGCCAUAAUUCUAACUCAAAUGCCAUGGAUUUAUUCUCCAGCUUAAUGUGCCUGAUAAUGCCAUGCACUGUGUGUUUGGGGGGUGGGUGAGGGUUUAUAGCACCACGGGGCCCAAGGACACUAACUAACUGGAGGGUAGGGUUUAUCGAAUGAAUUGCAGCUGACUUCCAUACCUCACACAGCGUUGGUGUUGUGAGCGAGACCACAUGAGAAAAAGGGCAAAUUAAAAAUCUUGGAUACUCUGACUGUCAAACUGUGCAGGUACUCACCCCAGGUACUCCUUUCUCUACCCACAUCCAUUUCUGAAUGCUGUUGACUGCCAGGAAAAAAAAGCAUUUAUGUACUUUUUUAGAUCAUGCAUUUGAAAGCUUGUGUGUAUUCUUUGUCAUCUUUGCUUUUAUAUUUUGUAAGGAGGAGGAGAGUUAUUUAAUGGAAUUAUCAGAGACAACCUAUUUGAUAUACCUUUUGCCAUCAGCUACAAUUGUCACUGACAUGCAUAUGAUAGCCUUAUUUGACUGUUUAAGUCACAUUUCUUUAGUUGGGUGUUUCUGUGGAUUUAGGGGCUUUCUUUCACAUGGCAAAGGGAAUAUCAUAUUUUUGUCACAAAUUCAGAACAUAAGAUCUUAUGGAAUUUAGAUUGCUAAUUUUUUUUAAGAAUUUGUUUUUGAGUUAUGAGUUUAUUGGAUAAUUGGCAAUUGUUCUGGAAGAGUUAAACUUUCCUCCAUGAUUAAAUUGAGCGAUAUGUUUGGCUAGUAAAUAUUACAGUUGUGUAGCAGUAGUUGUUGUGGGAYCUUUGCUAACAUUGCACAUUGUGGCCGUUUUGCUCAACAGGGGAAGCUGGGAUAUCUUGUGGAGGAAGAAGUGGAAGCGCACGCCCGUCUUUACCCUGAACCUGACACAUCGCUGCUUAAAAACAAGGUGAACCACAAAUAUGUUGUGGCUUAUUUAACGAAUGAACCUAAAAUACACUUGUUAAUGAGUGGAGAAAUAUUUGUUGUUGUUUAUUUACCCAUCAGUUUUAUUGGCUGGAUGAGGAUAGUUGUGGUUCAUCGAAUUUUCAUCAGAUUUAUUAAUCUAGAUGGCAGCCAGAUAUCACUUAGAAAGCAGUUUUUAAUGGGUUUUUGUUUUAUUUUGAAAAAUUUUACACAUCCUCUGUGUUUCUUGACAUUUAAUACAAAUAUAAAAAUAGUACUUGUGAAUUGUAUUCCUUUUGUCAGGUUGCAUUUGUCUUCCUGACACCCCCCCCCCCCUUUUUUUUUUAAACAAAGUCGGUUUAAAACGUAUGUACAAUGUAAGACCCUUGACAGGAAGUGUCUCUUUCUCCUCCACUUUAAAGCCCACGUUGAAUGCGCUUGUUCCAUAUCUGUAAAAUAUUGAUUACUUUUGAUCAAAAGAUUUUGAACGCCUAGGGUUUGUUUCAGUUUGCCUUGCUUUUAAUGUCCAUGUUUUGUUGAAUAAAUUGUUUAAUUUCAUU